UAGACUCACCAACGGACGCUACGUCGUAUCAACUACGAAUCCCGUAUCGUAUACCAAAUAUUAUACCAAAUAAUACCAGUGUAAAAUAAUAUGUUCGUGUUGUGUAAAAAUAAUUAAGUAUUUUAGAAUAAUCAGUGUAGUGUUUUAGGUGACUGUUGUAAAUUAUUUUUCUUGUUGUGUGGCUUCGGAAAGUCUUGACAGAUAUCAACGUGCCAGUGCUACCCCAGUGUUCCAACCUCCUUCCCAAACAAAUGUCUUGAAACCAGUCCAUCAUGACGUGCCCAUUUCGCAGAGCCUCCUCCCAACACCAGUUCGCAAAUGGCAGCGGAUCCAGUGCCAAGAAGCCCGAGUUCCGAUCUCGACAGUCCUCCAUCCACCUUCCUGGCCCUGAAGAGGAAGAUGGCGAAAGAAACACGUUAACACUCAAAAACUUAAGCGAAGCCCUUCAACUUCUCACAGCACCUUCGAACGAGUGUCUCCACGCAGCGGUUACAGCACUAACCAAAAAUCAAGCGGAACAUUAUGACAAAUACAAUUGUUUAAGACGACUGCCGGACGAUGUGAAAACGUGUAGGAAUUACGCAUAUUUACAGGAAAUUUACGAUGCGGUGCGGGCAACGGACAGUGUAAGCACUAAGGACUUUAUGGCAAAAUUAGGGGAAUAUUUAAUAUUAACGGCGUUCUCCCACAACUGUCGAUUGGAGAGAGCUUUUAAAUGUUUAGGCACAAAUUUGACUGAAUUUCUCACUACUUUAGACAGCGUGCAUGAUGUGUUACAUGAUCAGGAUGACGUACUUAAAGACGAAACAAUGGAGUACGAAGCGAAUUUCGUCUGUACUACUUCACAAGAGGGAAAGAUUCAACUCCAUCUGACCACAGAAAGCGAACCCGUGGCAUACAUACUAGUCGGCAGCUUGAAGUCAAUAGCUAGACUGCUGUAUGACACACAGACAGAUAUAAGACUGACCAGCUAUACUAAUGAUCCUAGGAGAUUUAAGUACGAAAUAAACGCAGUGCCCCUACAUCAGAAGUCAAAAGACAGUGACUGUGAGCAGUCGGAGGCAUCAUGCAUUGCCACUUCCACGAAAGUCACGGACUUAAGAAUCGGGGUUGCCAGCUUCUGCAAAGCGUUUCCCUGGCAUUUUGUCACUGAUAAACGGUUGGAGCUGGUGCAAUUGGGUGCUGGAUUCAUGCGACUCUUCGGAACAUACUUGGCGUCUCACGGCUCGUCUCUGGGCACGUACUUCAGAUUGCUGACACCGAGGGGUGUACCACUGGACUUUCGCGAAAUCCUGAAGAGAGUCAAUACUCUCUUUAUGUUCUGCUUGAAGGUGCCAGGAUCUUCUUCUCCUGCCGAGGGUCUUGAAAUCAAGGGUCAGAUGGUGUUCUGUGCUGAAUCAGACUCCCUCCUGUUCGUGGGGUCUCCAUUCCUUGAUGGACUGGAAGGUCUGACCGGCAGGGGUCUGUUCAUUUCUGACAUUCCUCUGCACGAUGCCACGAGAGAUGUCAUCCUAGUUGGAGAACAGGCGAGAGCACAGGAUGGACUCCGAAGACGCAUGGACAAGCUAAAGAACUCAAUAGAAGAAGCAAGCAAAGCGGUUGACAAGGAAAGACAAAAGAAUGUCAGCCUCCUUCAUUUAAUAUUCCCUCCACAUAUAGCCAAGAGGUUAUGGUUAGGUGAGAAGAUCGAAGCGAAAAGCCACGAUGACGUCACAAUGCUGUUCAGUGACAUCGUUGGCUUCACGUCAAUAUGCGCUACAGCUACGCCCAUGAUGGUCAUCGCAAUGUUAGAGGACUUGUACAGCGUGUUUGACAUAUUCUGUGAAGAGCUUGAUGUUUAUAAGGUGGAAACAAUAGGCGAUGCAUACUGCGUGGCGAGCGGUCUUCACCGUAAGAUCGACACGCAUGCGCCUCAGAUCGCGUGGAUGGCACUGCGCAUGGUCGAGACAUGCGCACAACAUCUGACACACGAAGGCAAUCCUAUUAAGAUGCGCAUAGGAUUGCACACAGGGACGGUCCUAGCCGGUGUUGUCGGCAAAACGAUGCUGAAGUAUUGUCUCUUCGGCCAUAACGUCACGCUUGCUAACAAGUUCGAGUCCGGUUCAGAGCCUUUGAAGAUCAACGUCAGUCCCACCACUUAUGAGUGGUUAAUAAAAUUCCCGGGUUUCGAGAUGGAGCCCCGGGAUCGUUCCUGUCUCCCAAGUUCGUUCCCCAAGGACAUUCCGGGAACGUGUUAUUUUCUUCACAAGUACUUGCAUCCCGGCACGGACCCGGCAGCGUCCCAGGUCAAGCAUAUACAGGACGCGUUAAAAGAUUUCAACAUUGGUCAAACAAAGCCGGAUGACAUAGAAAAUGACGAUUCCAGUAGAACAACUGAAACGCAGAAUUAAAAUUAGACCGACAUCGUUUCAAGUUUCAAAUUGAAUGGAUCUGUUGACAUUGUAAAUACUUCACUUGUAAUUGCUUUGGAAAACUUUGUUCAUCAAAAAUGUUUUUGUGUAAAAUGUCACUUGAAAGCAUACUUGUUGUAAAUUGUAUUGAAGCGUUUUUCUUUGAUGUUAUUGACGUUCAAUGGCUGGAUUCUACCAAAAUUGAUUCGCACAUUUGUUCGCGACAAAAUGUGUGCACGCGUGGUGCGAGUCCAGUGCUAACGUGAGUUCGCACACAAAGGUUGCAAGUUCGUGGAAAGUUUCAUGGCCAGAAGAAAAAAUUGUGUGCGUCACAAUGUUACACACCGAUGGAAUCUCAUCUUUAUAGUUGUCGUGGUUGAUACUGAAUGCUUUUCUAUUAGAUAUUAAUAUACAUAGUGCAAAUGGUGAUGCUGAUUCUUUACAUAUUUAUAGGUAAAGUGUGUUUCUGCUAAGAUUGUAAGUUGUGUGCGAAUACUUUUGUGCUGAACUCUGCUCCUUUUCUAACCAAGUGUGUUAGUGUGUUUAUGUAUUCUUCUUAGUUCAACUAUUAAUUCAACAUUUUGAUAAAUAUUAUAAAGCUGACGAGUUUGUUUGCUUGAACGUGCCUAUUUCUGAAAAUACUUUUCCAAAUUCAGCUGUAUUUUGCUGUUCUGUGUUGCAUUGACUAAAAUAGUUAUAGAAUUGCACUACAAAACAUGAGAUUUUCCAAAAUUACAUUACUUCGGAUGUUUUAAAUCUAGCAAGCUGAACUGGUUGAAUUAAUAGUUGAACUUAGUGGAAUAAACUGAUAUUAUAAUAAAUACUCAUAUAACUCUUGCCUGUAAAAACUGCAGAGUUGUAAGUAAGUGAAUAUUUGUCGUAAGCGAGGCUAAUCCGAAGAUAUAAAAAACGUCGCGAAAGCAGCUUAGAUUUUAAACUCAUAAUAUAUAAAAAUGUCAUGGAGAAUAAAAUGACUAGCGGAGGUGCCAUAACGAAAAAUCUCCUAAAAAAGUAGCGCGGCAAAGUGCGAGGAACGAGGACCGUUUCUGUCUUCGUCCUAAGAACGACUUUUUUGGAUCCGUAAUUUUUUUGUAGUACCAAAAAUCGUUGACAGAUGUCUCACAUAACCCGAAAAAUUCGUUAAUUCUCUCGUAAGUUAUCAUUUUCGUCACGCCCACCGCACGUAUUUGACCUAGAAGAAGGCGCGUGACCUACCCGCAUUAUGGCAUCUCCGCUCAUCCUUAUUCUGUGAAAAAUGUAGUUCAUGUUAUCCUAUCGUGUUUAUACCAACACAUUUUCAUAUAGAUGUAACAAAUAAUAGUGAUCAGUGUAAAGCUUUACUAUAUAAUCUUAAGGAAUAUGUACAUAAAGUUCAACCUGGGAUAAUUACGACUUACAUAGUUAUUAAAGGCGACGCUGUAGAUAAAAAAUAAAUUAAGGCAAACUGCGUUUUUGCUUCUAGAGUUAAUUCAUCGAGAUUUAACUAGAAUAUAAAUAUAUUAAAUAUUUAUUAUUAUUAAAUAUAUAUUAAAUAUUAAAUAUUUAUUAUUAAAUAUAUUAAAUAUUUAUAUUUGAAGUCGUAAAUAGUAUAGGAACGGAUAUUGGUAGUUUUUUUUCGGACUCAUUACCAUAGAUUUUUGGAAUAUUUAAAUAAAGAUUUUUAUUGCUUUUAGUUGAUUAGUUUUUGCUUUGUAAAAUAAUACGGCUUAUUUUAGAAACGAAAAUAUGAAAUGAUACCAAAAAAAAUGAAAAGCAGUAUAUGGAAAAUUUCGCGAAAAAUUCUCUAAACAAUUCUUAACUAUUUUUCUUUCAGUGUCGUAAAAUUGAAAAAAUAUAUUAUUUCGAUAUUCCAAAAUUGAUGUUAUAUUUAUUUUCAUUUGAAGAGAUUAUAUAACUUGGCGCUAAAAAUCUUAAAAACUAUAAACUUUUUACACUAAUGUUUAGUUUGUAAUAUUUAUUGAUAGUCUUAAGCAUUGUACAUAAUAAUAAGUCUUCUGAACAGUAUACAUACUUACAAAAAAAGCGUUUGUUCUAAAAUAGUUAAUGUGCUUACUACGAUACCUUGAAUACUAUUAGAUAUUGUAAUUAAAAGAAAAUGUUAAAAAAUAAUAUUUUUCCUAUCAAAAGCUGCAUUUUAUAAUACUGUAUUUUUUAAUAUUACGGGUAACGUUACCUCAUUUUACAUUCAUUUUACUAACAGUUCUAAUGUAAAAAACACAAAAUAAAUACAUCAUUUAUGUAACUUAUUGACAUAAAACAAAAAAUAUAUAUUCUGUGUUGGCUUUAUUUAUUUAAGAAAUUAACUAUUAAAAGGUAAAAUGUGGGAAAGUUCACACUUGUUCACUUUCGGAAAUAUUUAUUUAAUAUCGAGGAUUGUUAUUUAUUAUUAUAGACAAAUUAACUGUCCUAAUUUUUAUUUGCGAGACGAUAAAUAAAAGCUAUUAAAAUGUCGGGUGUAAACUAUAAUUUAUUAUCAAAAAGUUUCUUGCUACAACAUGUAAUAUACGUACCUAGUUAAUUUUAUUGUAAAGGCUUUGCCUAAGAGAUUAUGAAAGCCAAUUUCUAUACACCAAAAGAGCAGUUUAUUUUUAAUUUACACAACCUUUAUAUGAAACUAGCCUAAAAGACGGACACCCAUUCUAGACAUAUAUUUAUUUAUAUUGUAACAUUGUAUACAUAUAGGUUUUUAAAAAUAUAAUCAUCGAUCAAAUCUUUUUUACGUAGCAUUACACAUUCCACUAAACAUGUUUAAAUUUUGCAGUGUUGUGAUUUAGCUUAGAUGUAAUUAUAAACCUUAUGGUUAAUAGAAUAAAGUUCAUUGUGCUAUGCUUUAAAGCGUUUGCGCCACAUAUCGCAUAGGUUAUUUUUAACAUUCUCAUCUAGUCACUAAUAGUAAGUAAUUUAGUGUGUAUUGGUAGAGCUCUGCAAUUUCAAUAAAGAAUUAAUAUUUUUAGUUGAACCUGUCAACAUUGAAUCAUCUGCCACUUCAAUAAUGAUGGGGUCGGAUUAAAAAAAAACAGCUGAGUACCAGGUAUUUACAUAGAGAGAAUCCCUAGCCGACUCUUCGGUAAGACUGGUUGUCAAACUUUCCGGGAAGGGCAAUGCGUAAUCGCAUUUUUUACCCAGAGACAAAAAAAGGCUACUAACUGCCUACAAAGGCCGCCAGAGAUGUUCUGAUAUCAGCCAUGUAUUUAACUCUUUUUCCGAAACAUGGAGGAACUCAUUAUGAUAUAGAUUGGUCACCCAUCUGCGGACGGACUACGUUAAGCAGUUCAAGUACGACUGUUAUUUAGCAAUGAGCUCGGACUGGGAUAAUUAAAGUUUAGACUGGUAUCUAGUAUAAUAAUAAUAGGUAACUAGUUCUCUAAAAAAAAAAAUAGAUAUUGAAAUUGCAGAGUUGUAAAGACAGUUUUUGACUAGUCAUCCUCAAUAUAGGACAUGAGAUAUUAAUAUUAAAAUAAUGUAUCUUUAACUACUUUUAUUUAGACAAUAAAAUAUGCAGCUAUUUUAACUCUGAAUUAAUGACGAACAAGAGUACAAUUUCAUGACAAACAGAGGAAAAAUAUAAUACUUCAGUAAUAUUAUACUAUACAGUAUUUGUUUCUAGUACCUACCACACAUAAGUAAAAGUAUAGGAUUCAAAACUCAUUUUGUGGUAAUUUCUAGAACAAUAGAAAAUAAAUGUUUUUUAUCCAUUAACUCAAGCCUCAUUUGUGUUUUUAAAGAAAACAUGUAAUCUAGUACGAAAUAAUGCUUAAGAAAAACGUUAGUAUAUUGCCAUUUCAAUCAGCAUUUAACAGUUUAUAUAAAACCACAAUAGGUACUCUAGACUUAAUAUAAACGAGAUUUUCGUAAUAAUAUUAUCUCGCAAAACUACGACUAACAUUUACUAGAAAAUACAUAAUAAUCUGUAUAUACAUAGUUUUACCUUCAUAUAUGUAUAACUUUAUAUAAACUUCAUAUAGGCUUAAUAUGUAUGUAUAUUAACGUGAACCUUAAAUUUUACUCUGUCCUUAUAAAAUGUAUAUCUAUCUUGUAGGGUACUUCUGUGCAUCGUUAAGAAAAAAACAUAAACUUCAUUUUUUAAUAUUGUAAAUGCCUAAGAACACGGCCUUCUGUAGUAAAUAAACAUAGUCACGAAUCUUUAAGUCUAAUAAAAUUAGAAAAAAUAUAUAUCAAUGUAAGCUAUUUGUAUUUCACGCUGUUUCUAAAAAUGUAUCCUUUGUUUUUGUAUCUUAUUAAUUUUUAAUUAAAUAGUUUCUUGCCGUAAGAAACUUUAACUGUGAAUGCACUGUUAGUGAAAAACUAUAAAAAAAAUAAAAUGUUUCUUUCAUAAAA